GACCGUUCGGUGGAAUCACGAUUCAUCCGUGGGCGGCGUGAGGAUGAAGCGCGCAGAUGUGAGCGCAGCGGGGGGUCCGCUGUCCACAGUUUGGGCGUCUCUGCGGUCUAACUUGGCGUUCCCUGCGCGUGAGCUGCGUGUGUGGCGGACAUGAGAGCGUGGUGAGAGCAGCGCCAGGAUGCCCGGCAGCAGCGGCGCAGACGCGCUGAGAGUCAGCGCCUUCAUCCCGGUGUGCACCGCCGCCUGCCUGCUGGUGGGAUCCAGCUCCCUUUUCUUCGUCUUUACUUGUCCCUGGCUGGCUGUGACCAUCUGCCCUGCUGUGCCGCCAUGCUGCGCCGUCCUCUUCCUCUUUGUGCUGGCCAACUUCACCAUGGCAACCUUCAUGGAUGCGGGUGUGCUUCCAAUAGCCAACGAGGACGAGGACAAGGAGGACGAAUUUCGAGCGCCGUUGUACAAGAACGUGGACGUGAAGGGCGUCCAGGUCCGGAUGAAGUGGUGCGCCUCCUGCCACUUCUACAGGCCGCCACGCUGCUCGCACUGCAGCGUCUGCGACCACUGCGUGGAGGAUUUCGACCACCACUGUCCGUGGGUGAACAACUGCAUCGGGAGGAGAAACUACCGCUACUUCUUCUUGUUCUUGCUGUCGCUGACAGGUCACAUGAUCUGCGUCUUCACCUUCGGACUCAUUUAUGUUCUGCAUCACAUGGACGACUUGUGGAAGCUGCACUGCGCUGUCACCCUCGUGGUGAUCAGUAUCUCGGGUCUGUUUCUGCUUCCUGUCUUGGGUCUGGCUGGAUUCCACCUCUACCUGGUGUCCAGAGGCAGAACCACCAACGAACAGGUGACCGGCAAGUUUCACGGUGGAGUCAAUCCUUUCUCACGCGGCUGCUGCAAAAACCUGGAGUAUCUGGUUUGCAGUCCCAUCUCACCAAAGUACACAGCAAGGCCGCGCAGGAAAUGCGUCAUCCACGUUCAGCCUCCGUUCCUGCGGCCAGAGACGGACAGACAGAAGGUGCGAGACAACGGCGUCACCAGCUACGACCUGCAGAACAAACGAGCUUUAGGGGGCGCUGGAGAUCAGCUGGAUGCCAAACAGAUGAAGACUCCACCACCACUUCCUCCCAAACCGGAUCACGUCCCGCUGAAAAGCCAGAUAACGACUACGGAUGAAACAAGCCAUCAAACCAAAGCCAUCAUUCCAGUCUCCAUUCCCACUGUGCCCCAGCUGCGGCCCGUCCUGGAGGCCAUAUCCCGCGGUUCCUCGCCCAUUCCUCCCGAGCAGCUGUUAAAAACGUCAGAGCCACAAGCCAACGGCAGCAGAGGCGGCUCCUCCCUCCACCUGGAAUCCAGUGAAAGUCCUGCGAGAGGCCCACAGCUCCCCCUACAGGCCACCACUGUCUCCAGCUCUCUGCAGCUCAACCCUCUAAGCGCCAGUUCUCGCUCACUGACCCUCAAACCCACCCACCGCAACGGCAGUCGCACCCUGUUGUCGGACACUUUGGGUUCCAAUCCAACUCCAGGGGUGGUGCCCUCCAACCUGCUGGUCGGCCACAACAGCUCCUACGAUAACAUCCUCACCCCCUCAGACUCUCAGUUCAUGACCCACCGAGCGGUGCCCGCCGUCAGCUACCACUCUCACUUCAUGACACUGGGGGCGGACGGCUCGGUGGUGCAGCGUCCGCGUCCUCACGCCUACAGUCCCGUGUUCAUGGGCAUCUCCAGACAGUCCCCUCAACCUCGGGACCCGUCACCUUCCCUGCAAGGAUUGGCCUCGCGGGAUUCAUCUCCCUCCCUCGCAGCGCUCAUCCAACGCGAUCCCUCACCUGCUUUUCAAGGUCUGAUGGGACGUGAUCUUGCGCCUCAAGCGUCACGUGACCUGACUCCUCCCGGCUUUUCGAGGCGAGACGUGCCGGCUCCAAGUCUGCGUGACAGCCUGCGGGACCUCGGCUCCCAGACCUUGACGCCUCAGAAGUCCGCCGCUGCCGCUCGCUAUGACAACCUCUCGAAAACUAUCAUGGCGUCCAUCCACGAGCGGCGGGAGAUUGAGGAGCGGGAGAAGAUGCUGCGGCUACACGCCAGACCUCAGGGCCUGUACGGUCCAGAUCUGGGGAUCUACGACAUCCCCAGCCGCCGAAGUCUUCCGCCGGACAAUGUCCGACCGCUUGGUUCUCGCGGGACGACCCCUCCUGCUUACGGCUCCAGGGAGUUCCUCAUGAGCACCGGUAUCCUCGGUUACGGCUUGAGGACCUCGCCGCUCUCCAGCUCCUCCACAUCGUCUCUCACUCGAGGGCCCAAGUUGUCCAGCUCGACUCUGCAGAGCAGCAGCAGCCUACAGACCAGAGGAAGAUCGUCUUCUCCAGCCUACGGUCCGACUGACAGACCGGCCAUGCCCUCCUCUACCUCCACCCUGCCCCGACUCCCCUCCACCUCCACCUCCUCUGUCCCCUCGUACUCUUCCUACGCCACCACGAAACGACCCUCACUGACUCCGGCGUCAGAGGCGAAGGACUCAGUCACCAUGGGGACGCCGAAAUAGGAAAUAUAAAUGAAUAACUUUGUAAAACUAGUGAGAGAGCUGAAGCUCUCUGACUCAAGCGGAUUAAUUUAUUGGUUUGUGUUUGUGAAACAUGUUUCUCCACCAUGUUUGUCUUUGACUGGGAAAUGGUUUUUGUAGCUGUUUUUAUGAAUAAACUUAUUUUGUAACUU